CACGCAUCCGGGACAAAAUAAUGUGCGAUAAGGAGAGAAGGUCCAGCGAGCGAAGGACAGAAGGUCCAAAUAGCGGUCGCUUCUGUGAGGAACACGCCAGAAUUUGACUGACAGCACGCAACAAGCCAGCAACAUGUUUCAGGAUCUCCUGCUUCCUGUCCUUGUGCUAAUCAGCCUAGCUGACGCCAUGACCCUGAACGAUUGCCCCUCCGACCUGGCCAGAGACCACAGUCUGCAGAUCUACAAGAACUCGUGCUUCCAGUUCGUCCUGGACCAUCACCGAGACUACCCCGAGGCGAAUAAAGACUGCAAAAGACACGGCGGUACCCUGGCUCUGACCAAGACGAAAGACGUGCAAGACUUUCUGGUGGGUCAACUGGAGCAUACGUAUCACCACGGCUCUGUCGUCUGGAUCGGUCUCACUGACAUGGUCAAAGAAGACACAUAUGUGUGGGAGGACGGAACUGUUCUGGGCCCAAACGACUUCAAGCACUGGGCAUCAGGGCGGUUGUUGCAUCAGUUCGACGACUGUGCCGCGCUGGACCCUAGCGAAAAUGGUUUGUGGUACGACUACCCGUGCGAGAGUCAUCUUUUUGGACUUAUCUCUGCCGAAAAGUCUUAUGUUUGCGAAUACAAAAUGCAAGUCGCUUCCCCAACACCCCCAGUAGAGGGGUGAUACGAAGGCGGCAAUCUUACAAGACAAGUACGGACGAAAAUGUAACUAGAUCUAACAACCUGAGGUAUUCUCAACUGCAUCUUAUUUUCACUCCUGGUUUCACAAAUUAAAUAAGAUAAUAAAGACUCUUUCAUGUUCUUAAAUGAUGAUAAAGAAGCGAAAUGCGCGUGGUCGCAUCACAAUACAUCAGAAAUCUGCAAACGCACAAGGUACAGAAAAAACUGGCAGGGUUGUCACAAGCGUUUCCAGAGGGAGGGAGAGGGGUCCUCUGACAAUACGUGAACUGUACAAAAACAUCGCUUUGAUUCUGAUCUAUGCUCUGAAGUAAAAACAACCAAGAAAAAAUAAAUGUUUCAUACUAUGCUCA